UGUCGUAGCCUUGGUGAGCCGUGCAUGAAACACGUCAAAGACCAUAGAGAGGAGAUGCAUGAGAGAAUGGGCGGGGCCUGACGCCAUUUCCUGCAAAGUAAUGCGUCCUGGUUUCUAGGCAACGGCAGAAAGGCGCUCCUGAGGAGCCUGCGGGCAGGGGGGGACCUCGGGGCUCGCCAUGAUGCUGCCGAGUUUUCAUUCGACGUUGUCUGAUAGGCACGGCUCUGAAAAAACAAAGCGGAGGGCACGAAAAGAAAAAGCAGUUAAACUUAUUCAGAGGAUGUGGUGGACUCACCUAAGGAAAAGACUGUUUAAACUUCUGAAACAUACCAUUCGUGCAGCGGAGUAUUGCAUUAGCUAUGAUAUUUUGAAAAGAGUGAGUCCUUUGGAGGCUGAACUUCUUAAAGAACCUACUAUACAGGGCAAAGUCAGAUUCAGAUUUGCUGGAUCCGAUUUCCCCCCUUUCAUUGUGUUUAAGAUAUUUUGCAACUCGAGAGGCCAAGGCAACCAGUACAUCAGUGGGAAAAGGGUUAUAACAUCAAGUGAGGCAGCUGUUGAUGCUUGCAAGUUAAUGGGAUAUCGGAAGUAUUAUAAUCAGAUGCUGAUAGAUGAACUUAAUUAUAAGAAAUAUAGAAUAACAGAUGAGAUGGAUGUUGCUACAAUAAAAGACUAUGUGCAAUAUACAAGUCACUUGGAUGAGACUCCAGCAUACUUUGGUGGCAAGCAUAACUACUGGAGAAAGCUGUCUUUGGAAAACUUUCCCAGGACAAUGAUAAUUUAUGAUAUUAUGGAUUAUGCACAGUCUGGAAAGCUGUCCUCCAGACUAAGGGAGGAACUGCCAUUUCUGCUGCUGAGGCCACAGAAUGAAGAAACAUGUCAUGCUCAACUCAUGGCUGUUUGUGAAAUCAGAGCUCCUACUCCAUGUCUCACAACAGCCUCCUUCUCAAGAUUAGUCCAAAAACAAGUGCACAGACCUACUGAACGUCGCUCUUACCAAGCUAGACAGAAGAUUGCAAAAAUGAAGAAGGCUUAUAAAGAUGAGAAAGAAAAAGUGGAGCAGAAAAAGGAUAUUGCAAGUAAUCAUUCACAAGCUGCACUUUCAUUGCAUGAAGGACCCAGCAACCUCUCUCUAUUUUCAGAUGAAGACUGGGAGCAAGAGGCAGUAAAGCUAUAUGACUGGAGCAGAUCACUAAAAGCUGAAGAUAUUGGGAAAGACUAACCUAUGAUACAUGUCAUCUCAGUACUUGUCCAGUUGAAUCGCACAUUUUAAAAGCAGAUAAAGUUGUUCUCCAUGUAUACGUCUCUCCAGUUCUGCUGUGCAUUUAACACAAAAACAAGCCCUGGCAGAAUAUAAAUCCCAUAUGAACAAUUGUUUAGGAGAAUCAUAAUUAAGCAAACCAUUGUGAGCUAAAGUAUGUGACAAUAGGAUUUUUAAAGAGAGAGAAUAUGUAGCACUAGAACAUAGGAAAAUAAAGCUAUAAGGAAGGAGGAAGGGUCAUCCAGGAAUCUUUUAGUGGCAGCCAUGACUUCAAAAGCAACUGGAAAUAAAAUAUAGAGCCAAGGGAGGUAAAUAGAGCACAUAUUUAAACUGCUCCCAUUAAAACCAAUGGGACUUGAACAUGAUAGAUUGUCCCAAAACACAGUGUACACAAACUAUAUGGUAGCAUGUCAAAUGAAUAUUUUAACAAUACUUUUCAAAUUAAACCAACAUGCUUGUCCACAGGAAAGAACUUGAAACAAAAUAUAUAUAGGGCAAACAUAAAGAUUAAAAAUAUUUUAUUUACACUUUUCUUUAUUAUACAAUUUGUACACCUUUGUUUAAAAACAAAAUAGAACACAUAUGCACAUCUGAACAUAAUACAUUCACAGCAUGGGAGAAAUUAACUUCUGCAAAACAAAGUGGGAAGAAAAUUUCCUUUAAAAAAGUUAAAAAGAGACAAACCUUAGAUCUUAGAAUUUCAUAGCAGCUCUGGGAAAGUUAGAAAUAAUAUCCCAAUAUGCACAUAUGAAUCUAUGUAUUCAAAUUUUGAUUUGCUACAGCACAGAAUGAAGAUAAGGAUAACUGGAAAAAGUUAACUUGCUAAUAACAUUUGAGCAACUUGUCAUUUUGUUCAGUGUAUGCUGGAAAGCAACAUUUGAUUAUGCCUUGAUAAUUGUCCCUGUCAUUGGUGUUCCUGAUAACUUUUUGCUCACUACAAUUUAUUCAGUUUCUACUACUGAUUUUCAACAUUACUGGAAAUCUCAGUUAAAGUUAUUACUGGAAUUUGAUCCUAACUAAGCUAAGCUAUUGAUUUUUAAGGAGCCUGCCCAAACUAUGAAAGAUUAUUAAUUCGCUUCUCUUGCCCUCCUUACAUUAUUUGAACAAAAACUGCCAUUAAUAAAACACCAUACAUCAGAAAACUAA